AUGUUGCGCAACUCUCUAGCGGCCGCGCUGUUCCUCGGCCUAGCAGCUUCGGAAGCUGCUACGCCCACCGCUCAGACGAAGAACGGAACGUAUGUCGGCACACACUCUGCCGAAUAUGAUCAGGACUUCUUCUUGGGUAUUCCGUAUGCUCAACCGCCCGUUGGGAGUCUUCGCUUUAGAAACCCUGUCAGCCUCAAUGCUACUUGGGAUGAGGCAAAGCCGGCGACGCAAUACUCUACUGAGUGCUACGGAUAUGGGUCUGAUCAAUGGAACUACCCGAUAUCGGAAGACUGCCUCUACCUGAACGUUAUCCGCCCGGCAGGAUGCAGUGCAGAGGACAAGCUUCCAGUCGCAUUCUGGAUCCAUGGAGGCGGUUUCUUCCAAGGAGGAGGUAUCGAUCAGCGCUACAACAUGUCCUUCACCGUAGAGAACGCCCAAAAGAUUGGAAAGCCCAUCAUUGGGGUUACCAUCAACUACCGACUAUCUGCCUGGGGUUUCCUGAGUGGAAGUGAAGAAGUCAGGGACACUGGCAACCUCAAUCUCGGCCUGAGGGAUCAACGCCUGGCACUGCAAUGGGUACAGGAGAACAUUGAAGCUUUUGGAGGUGACCCAGAGAAAGUUACAAUAUACGGCGAGAGCGCUGGUGGAGCGUCCGUUGGCUUCCACUUGACAGCCUACAGUGGACGUGAUGACAAGCUCUUCCGUGGUGCUAUCCUGCAGAGUGGUAACCCUGUUAACUUCGGCCGUCUUCCCGACCCAGCAGUAGGAUACGCCGACAUGUACAACGAGCUCACUCGCCGAACAAACUGUGCAAACACCACCAGCCCACUCGAAUGUCUCCGCCAGCUGCCCGCAGAGCAGCUCAACACUGCACUCAACACGACAACCCCGACUUUCAACAUCACGAACUUCAUGCCUUGUCUGGAUGGUGACUUCAUCCAGAAGCGCACUUCGCUCCAGCUCAACACAGGCGAAUUCGUUCAUGUCCCAAUCAUUUCGGGUGCCAACUCGGAUGAGGGCUCGGCCUUCAGCCCUGCGCCUGUGAACUCCACCGAGGGUCUUCGUACCUUCAUCAUGGCAGACGGAGUUCCUGCCAACUUGACAGAGCAACUGCUUGCAGCGUACCCUAACGAUCCUUCGGUCAACGUGAUUCAAAGCUUGGGUAACCUCACGCUGGGCCCUGAAUGGGGACCGGAGUAUCGCCGCUCAGCGUCCUACUUUGGUGAUCAGGUCUUCAUCGCCAACCGCAGGUUGACCUGCGAGACAUGGGCUGCUGCCAACGUUUCUGCAUACUGCUACCGUUUCAACGCCAUCCCGGCUGGCCUUCCCGCCGCAGUCGGUGUCACGCAUUUCCAGGAGGUUUCCUUCGUGUUCCUCAACCUACAGGGUGUCGGCUACCUGCCUGCUGCCGCUCCUCCGUUCGAGAACAAGACGGAGAGCUACAGCGAUCUUUCCAGGUUCAUGAACAGCAACUGGGUCAGCUUCAUCCACGACCUUGACCCCAACGCAUGGAGGGAGACGUACGACUACAACGGAACAGAAGCCAUUUGGGCUCCGUACGACAACGCCAACCCAAUGGACAUGGUCUUCGACGCCAAUGUCACGAGUUACUUGGAGCCGGACACAUACAGGAAAGAGGGUAUGGCACUGAUCAAUGCCCAUAACUAUGAUGUAUAUGGUCGAUGA